AUGGCAGCAUCAUGGCUGUCUAUUGUGAUUUUUAUACUAAUAUUAUUUAUUCAAAUUUAUAGUGAAGAUACAUUUGAUUGCACAGGUUAUGAAGAUGAUUCAUUUCAUCCUAUAUAUAAUACAAAUGAUUGUCGAUAUUAUUGGCAUUGUAUAUAUGUUGGUACAAAAUAUAUGCGAGCAGUUAAACGUGCCUGUCCAGCUGGAACUGCAUUUGAUUUUCGAUUAAAAGAAUGUGAACUAUCAAGUUCAGUGAAGUGUGUAUUAAUUUCAUCGUUUGUUACAUCAAGAAUAAGUAUGAGUACAAAAAAAUAUACAAAAUCAUUUUCACGAACACAAUCGAUAAUAAAAAAACAACAUUCAUUAAUUAAUCUCAAUAAAUCUACUAAUAUGAAUGUAAUAACACAAAAAUUCAAAGUAUUACCUAUAACUUCAUCUGAAUUAACACCUAUUUUUUCAUUUGAACAACUUAUAAAAAAAUUAAAUGCUCUACCAUUCUAUCCAAAACAUGAAUCCGUAGUAUAUACUAUUGAACCUAAAGUUUACAAUACAAUGAAUCAAUUUAAACCUUCUCAAUCGACAUCAAUUCCAACAACAACAACUAAAAUGUCGCAAAUGAUAACAAAACACUUUUUUUUAACAUCAAAAAGAAAUCAAAAACAUAUUCAUCAUCAUCAUCAUCAUCGUAAUAAUUUAACAUUAAAUAUUUUAACAAGUAAUGAACAUAAAAUUCGACAAUUUUCAAUAAAUCAAACACAUGGUAUACUUAUUCAAUGUAAUGAAAUUCGACGUCGUCAAUUACGUGAUUUAAUUUUUCGAACAACAACAUAUUCUCUAAAACUUUUAAAUUCUUCAUCGAAAAUCUUUCAUUAUGACAUAUUAUCUUUAAAAAUAUUUAUAAUGUCUUUCUUAUUUUUACAAAAAAUAAGUGAUUAA